CUCGGCUUUAAUGGCUGCAGUUGUCGAAUGUAAACGAUUAGUAUGGAUUCUUAUAGGAAAACAUUGUUCUAGAUUUACUCCCCGACACCCUACAACAUCCUUGCUGAUAACGUAUCAGAGUCCUACAAGCUUGGUCAUUAUGGCCUGUACACUCCAAAGUGAGCGUGUGGACAAUGUCAGUGAUGCAAUUGCGAUUAUAGGCAUGGGCUGCCGACUCCCCGGAGAUGUGAAGUGUCCUUCAGAUCUGUGGAAUAUGCUUCUGCGUCAGCAGGUAGCAAAUUCGGCAAGGGUUCCAUCCUCUAGAUUCAAUAUUGCUGCUUUUCUACAUGAGAAUCCCGAGCGUCCUGGCAGCUUUAAUGUCCCUGGGGGAUAUUUCCUAGACGAUGACCUAGAAUAUUUUGACCCAACUAUGUUCAACUUAUCUCCCAUUGAGGCAGCGUGGAUGGAUCCACAGCAACGAAAACUUCUAGAAGUGGUCUAUGAAGCUAUAGAAAAUAGUGGCACUCCGAUGCACAAGGUUGCAAGUCAAGUCACGGGUUGCUUCGCUGCUUCAUUUGUCAGUGACUGGCAGCAGAUGAUAAUGAAAGAACCAGACUUCCGUCAUUCAUAUACAGCAACGGGAGUGGACCCGGGAAUACUUGGCAAUCGUAUUAGCCAUGUGUUCGGACUGCGAGGUCCCAGUGUACUCAUGAACACUGCUUGCUCGUCCACCAUGUAUGCUCUUGAUGCUGCUUGUAAUGCAGUCCGUCGUGGAGAAUGCGAAGGUGCCAUCGUGGGAGGCGCUAAUCUGGUCGUAACGGUUGAUCAACAGAUCAAUACGGCUAAACUUGGAGUGCUCUCGCCAACAAAUGCUUGCCAUACUUUCGAUGAAUCUGCUGAUGGUUAUGGAAGAGCUGACGGCGUUGGAGCCCUGUAUAUCAAAGGACUAGCAGCGGCUAUGAGAGAUGGAGAUCCGAUCAGGGGAGUCAUCCGAUCCGUGUGUACUAAUGCCAAUGGCCGACAUUCAGACAAUGGAAUCACCUACCCAAGCAUACAAGGGCAAAGGGACGUAAUCCUCAAAGCUUAUGAGCUGGCAGGACUAAGCCCCGACCUUACUACAUACAUAGAAACUCACGGUACAGGCACAAAGAUAGGUGAUUCUAUCGAAUUGCACGCAGUCUCACAAGCUAUGAGGCCUAUGGGCACUUCUGACAAGCCAAUAUUGGUUGGGAGUGUCAAGCCGAACGUGGGCCACAGCGAGGCUUCCAGCAGCAUUGCUACCAUCAUGAAGGUUGUGAUGGCGUUGGAGAAUAAAGUCAUUCCACCAACUGCUGGAGUACGACGACUCGCCCGAAACAUCGACUGGGAAAACUGGAAGGUAAAGGUGGUAACGGAGCCUACGCCAUUCCCUACGGAACCAACAGUUCGGCGCGUCGGUGUGAGCGCCUUUGGAUAUGGCGGCACAAAUGGCCACGCAAUAGUAGAAAAUGUCGAGAAUCUCGUCCCAGACUACAGGGGUCAUAAACUUCCGAGCCAUAGCGCUAUGGAUUCCAAAAAUCUGGACGCACAGAGGCCCUUCCUUCUACCAUUCUCUGCUCACAAUAAAAUUAGCCUUCGAAAAAAUAUCAAGACUUACGCAGCCUUUAGACCUAUUCCUAACUUGCUAGAUUUGAGCUAUACCCUCAGCAGUCGUCGCACUGCUUUAGGCUACCGUACCUUUGCGGUAUGUUACAAGCAUGAGUUCGAUAAUGGCAUGCUACUUGCGCUCGAGCGCAAUGUAUGGCACGCAAAAGAGAACGAGUCGGUCGCUUUUGCUUUCACAGGACAGGGCGCUCAAUGGACACAGAUGGGCCUUUGCCUGAUGCGCUGCUACCCCUCAUUCCGACAUAGUAUUCAAGAUCUUGACUCGAUCCUCUCUGGCACUGAAACGCCUCCAUCAUGGACCCUGUUGGGGACUCUCGAACGGACUGAAGCAGACAAUCUGAUUAAUGAGCCUACAUAUUCGCAGCCUCUGUGCACUGCUAUUCAGAUAGCCCUUGUUGAUCUGCUGUUUUCUUGGGGAGUAAAGCCAGCUGCUGUGAUAGGCCAUUCGUCAGGAGAGAUCGCAGCGGCAUAUGCAGCUGGGAUCAUAUCAUCUAAACAAGCCCUUCUCCUCGCGUACUAUCGCGGAAAGGCGGUUGCUCAGAAGCAAAGUGACGGAGCCAUGCUGGCCGUUGCGAAUACUUUGGACGAAGCCAAGCAUAGAAUCCAGCGAUUUGAGGGCAGAGUCGCUGUUGCGUGCAUAAAUUCGCCUUCCAACGUAACCUUGAGCGGAGAACGCUGUGCGAUCGAGGAACUCAAGGAAACUUUCGACAAGGCGGGUAUCUUUGCUAGAGCACUCAAAACCUCUGGAAAUGCAUACCAUUCGCACCUCAUGAAACCCGUUACUGGAAUUUACGAAUCGUACAUAAGCGACCUUUUCGUAGACGCGGCGCCUAAGAAAGGAACGUGUCCCAUGUUUUCAACGGUCUCUGGAUGCAUGGUUGAUGAGAGUGAGCUUAACCCAGAGUAUUGGGUAAAAAACUUGAUUAGUCCAGUACAAUUCGCCGAUGGAUUCAAGCAUAUGGUCGAAUCAACUGGCAAUAUUGGAUGUGUCUUGGAAAUUGGCCCUCAUGCUGCAUUAUCCGGUCCCAUCCGUCAGCUUAUCAUGGCUCAAGGCGCGCAAAUCGAAUACAUAGCUACCCUAAGACGUGGCGAAGAUGAUGCAGUCCAGCUAUUGAAAGCGGUCGGGACUCUUUGGGCCAGGAAUGUCAAGAUCGACAUCGAUGCUGUUACUCAGGGAGAGUCUGUAGACUGCACGGGACAGAUCGCAAAGCAGCGAGGCCAACUGCUCGUAGAUCUUCCACCUUAUCAAUGGGCCUAUUCCAAAAAGCUCUGGUUUGAGGCAAGACAAAGUCGUGAGCACCGUCAAGCAGUAUUCCCGCGUCACGAUAUUCUAGGCAGACGCAUUGCUGGUUCCUCUGCUAUCGAGCCAGUGUGGCGCAACAUUCUUCGGCACAAGGACCUGCCUUGGCUCAAGGAUCAUUCGCUAGGUGCCGAUGCAAUUUUCCCUGCUACUGGUUAUUUUGCAAUGGCUAUCGAAGCCCUGACGCAGAUAUACGCAACUGAGCCUGGCAUAGAGAUACAAGGCUACACCCUACGUGACGUUUCCAUAUCGACGGCAUUAGUAAUACCAGCGGAGGAUGACGGAGUAGAGGUUAUCUUCAGAAUGAGUCCUCUAGAAAGUGUUUUAGACGUCACCAACGGUCGGGGGAAAGUCAAAUGGUACUCGUUCUCCAUGUCUUCGGUACUCACUGAUACAUGGAAGAGGCAUGCGGAGGGCAAAAUAGCCAUCAAUGUCCGGAAACGAGGAAGAAAACCGCGGCCGAUCCCAGCAAUGCCGAUGCGGACCACGUACAAGUCCUGGAACGAGCGUUUACGCUCAUUCGGAUUUGACUUCGGGCCAUCAUUCCGCAACACUAUGUUCUUGAAUGUAGAUGGAAUCACACAUUGUGCUACUGCUGACAUUGCUAUCAAGAAAGAGAGCGGAACCAUCACAGACGAGUCUCGUUACUGCAUUCAUCCCGUUUCUCUUGACAGCUGCCUACAGAUUACAUCAGCAGCUAUCGUUGCCGGUCGACUCGCUGAGGUGACCGCGGGGACGGUAUUGACUUUCUUUGACGAGGUAUCUAUUUGGCCACCACGCGAUGCUCAGCUGGAAACGACAGGGGCGAUGUCCCAUGUAUCCGUCUCCGCAAAAGGAAGUCGCUCCUUCUUGGUGGACGCACAAAUGAUCGCCCAUGACGGCGAGCUGAUCGCGGAUUUUUCACAGAUACGAUGUCUUUACUAUGAAGCUGCAAUUCCGCAAAGCUCGAUCCAGCCCGAGCCGACCUACAUGCAACAGAAAUGGCUGCCCGAUAUUGUGACCUCACAAGUGGGUAUUGCAAGCCUCGAUACCGGGCGGAUUGAUCUGGAAGCAAUCAUGAGGCACACGUUACACAAAUACGGCUCGCUUAAUGUGGUCUCAUUUGAUACCGAAGUUGCAGAUCUGAUACAGCAUCUGCAUCCGUCAGCUAUCUUGGAUCGCGUUGCAAGUCCUGACGUAUCGAGUUGGGUCCCAUCAAGUAAGGAUCCGGCGAAUCUGGUCGUCAUACCCUCGAGCUUUGUAUGUGGUGAUAUCGAACAUGUCUUUGCACAGCUUCAUAUCGAAGAUGGUUCGGAAUGUAUCAUUAUCUUCCAAGGCAAGUACCCGCAGAUAAAAAAAUACCUAGACGAAUUGUCAGACUCAGGUGAGCUAUUACUUAAGAGUAUCACCGAUUGGGACCUAGACGAAAGCGGCCACUGUAUAAAGCAGAUGCAUGCAUUCACUGCUACGUCGAAAGAGAUCCAAGCUCGCGCACUAUCAGAGACUGCAGUAUUUGUAUACCGAAACCAACAGCCACGCUGCCUGAACGAGCUCAUGCAGGCUUUUUUGAGACAUGGUCGCAAAGUCCGCAUUUCGAAUUUCAAGGACUUGACCGUUGCCGAAGACGAGCAGCUCAUCAUGCUCACGGAUGCGGCAGGCCCUAUGCUGGCAGAUAUGGAGAAAGAAGAGCUGUCUACGCUGCAACGACUACUCGAGAAUCCGCCACCUCUUCUUUGGCUUACCUUUGGCGACUUGACUGCAGCCAGACUCCCCGAACAUUCCAUGAUGUCGGGCUGGUCUCGCGUAGUUAGAAACGAAAUUGCUCUUCUGAAACUCGUGCUUGUUGAUCUUGCCGAGUCGUCCAGCCCCAACCUCGAGCAGGUAGUUCAGAUUGCGAGGAGACAGCUCGUUUAUUCCUCGACACUGGAAACGGAAUACGCCAUCCGCGCUGGAGUCGUACAUAUCUGCAGAAUUGCUCCGUUUCAACACGAGAAUGAAGGCGGGCGUCUCAUCACUCUAGCUGCAACAAAUGACAAGAGUGGCCUCACUGGCUUUGCAAGGGGUGGUCGUGUGAUGUUCAGAAUAGAACCAGACAAGGCUCAAGAACUGGGUCCUGAUCAGGUCGAGAUCGACGUUUGCACGAUCGGACUUUGGCCAGAGGAUAGCUUCGCCGCUAAUGGCUCCCUGGCAUCCGAAUUGCUCAACCACGAAGUAGCUGGUACAGUCCUCCGAGUUGGAUCGAGAGUCGAGUCGGUUACUGUUGGCGAUAGAGUUGCAGGUUUCUGCUUCGGCACAUUGAGUCCCAUCCAAGUUACCCCUGCCAGGCUUGUCAAGGUCGUUCCUGAGGGUAUGGAUAGUGCCACGACGUCUAGCGUAUAUUGCGCAUUUACCACUGCACACUAUGCCUUACACGAGCUUGGACGAUUAUCGGCAGGUGAUAAUGUCGUCAUCCUGGAUGGCUCUGGGUCAUGCGGACACGCGGCUUUGCAAUUAUGUCGCCUCGCAGGAGCUCGAGUUUCUGUAAUCACCCAUUCCAACGAGAAUGCAGAAGCAUUGCGGAAACAAUUUCCUUACGCAAAUGUACUAAUGGCGCGUGACAGAGACAUUGUCUGUCAACUUGCUGACGUUUCGGAUGGCAAGGGGGUUGAUAUAAUUCUUGCACCGAGUUUUGGGGAUAUAUCCUUGUUAAUGGAAUGUAGUCGCGCGGCCGGAACGCAUGGGCGGCUCAUAAGAUAUGGUCAAACGAUUGCGAGUCAGCUGGCAUCCGAUUUAAACAACACGAACGGGCUCAACUUUGACUGUUUCGAUAUCAAGAGUCUAGCAGAAUCUCGCAAACUGAAGGCAUUAGAAAGGAACAUGCACAAGGUAUGGCAGCUUCUUGAGAACGGCGAAAUAUAUUGUUCGUGGAAUAUUUCCGAAGUCACCGUCGGGGAAAUUGAUGCUCUCUUCCAUUCAUUUCCCACCGAUAUCGCAGCAGCGAGACCUGUCAUCAGGUAUUCCAAGGCAACGGAAAUCCAUGCUAUACCCGCCAAGAAAAGAAUGAGAUUCCGGAACGAUGCAUCGUACCUUCUUGUCGGAUGUCUCGGAGGCCUGGGCCGUAGUUUGACAAACUGGAUGGUCAAUCAAGGCGCGACAUCACUUAUUUUUCUCUCACGCUCCGGAGCGACCAAUCGCGAGGCAGCUGAGUUGGUGCGCUCUGUUCGAGCCAGAGGUGUUGAUGUCACAGUUAUCCAGGCGGAUGUAUCCUCGAAAAAAGCACUUACAGAUGCUCUUACAAAAGUAGACCCUGCUCGCCCUAUUCGUGGCGUCGUCAAUGCAGCAGGUAGUUUCAAGGACUCAAUGUUCCGCAAUAUGACCAUCGAUGCCUGGCAUGCGGCUCUCCAGGCGAAGGUUAAGGGCUCCCUGAAUCUACAUGAGGCUUUCACUACAAAGGGUGAACUCGACUUCUUCUUGAUGACAGGCUCAGCAUCGGCCACACUCGGAUCUGCUGGUCAGAGUAACUAUGCAUCAGGCAACAACUUCCUGGAUGGGUUGGCGCGCCAUCGAUCGGUCCUAGGACUUCCUGGAGUAUCUCUCAUUCUACCGAUGGUACUCGGUAUCGGUUAUGUCGCUGAUAGGCCGGAGUUGGAGGCUACUAUUAUACGAAAAGGUACUUACGGGAUUGAAGAGCAGGAGAUGCUGCAAUCUUUCGAGGACGCCAUGCUUCUACAGACCAGUGGUACCAUUAAUACACAGGGCAAUGAUCAUCUUAUCGUCGGUUUACAGCCAAAGCGUCUGGCCGCAGCAAUGGAAUCCAAUACAACUGACACCGAGGCGACAAACUGGCUCAGAGACUCUCGCCUAUUGAGACUGGCUUCCAUGAUUGAGGCUCAUGGCUCUUCGAAAGGUGGAAACAUCAAAUCCAAUCGCGGAAUCCAACUUUCUAUCAAGAAUACCGACACUAGAGCCGAUGCACAAAAACUCGCUGAAGAAAGCGUUAUCGAGCGCAUGUCGCGGCUUCUGAUGCUGGAGCUUGAUGAAGUCAAAGAUGGAGCUGGAUCGCGAUCGGUAGCCAGCUACGGACUCGAUAGCAUGAUCGGGGCUGAGUUUCGCAAUUGGAUCUUUAGAGAGUUUGGAGUUGAUGUCGUGUUUCAAAAGCUGCUCGCUGGGAGUUUGACUAUCAGUGGCCUGGCUACUCUACUUUGUAAUACCAUACGGGAGGAAACAUCCUAGUAGAUGGUGAAUCCUCACGGUACUAUCUUGAAUAGCAGCGCUGCUUAUUUUGUGUUUGCCAUUAAUUAUAGAAAAGAUUAUGAUUACGUAUGAAUACUAGCGCCGAAGGUCUCCACAACUUUAGUUUACUGGUUUAUAUGCUUAAUGUUAGUAUUUACCUGAUCAGUCGACCUAUAGUUACU